AUGAACACGCUCGGCUACGCUACCAUUCUUCCCUCGCGCUCCAGCAAGCAACAUACCCUCGACUUGACGAGCCAAACCCCAGAACUGCAACCCGCCUCAGUUCCCGACGUCCCGUCGUCCCCGGCCUCCGCACCCCAGCUACAGGGUUCUCCAUCCUCUAUGUGCGCCCGGCCGUGUCUUGGCGCUGGCGACCUGCCAGUCGGUCGCUGGCUCGGGUGUAAUCCCCGCUCCCCGGUCGCCCAACCUUGGUUCGUGCCGUACCGGGGGGAGCCUGUUGCACACUCUGUACACUACGCCUAG